GGAACGGGGCGGGAUCCAUUUUGGUGAGGGUGUUGAGAGUGGCGUUGCCUCGCCGGGAGCCCAGGUGGUGUGGCUUCGCUCCGUGUUAGUUGAGAAAGCCAGCGGCGGCGGCCGAGUAGGGGGUGAAGAAAGCGGGCCAGUUCCCACAGAGACCAGCAGGGGGAGCGGUGGGCUGCCGGCUGAAGCUGGGAACAGAGGGCGAGGAGGCGCUGCGGCCUAGUGGCUCCCGCCGCUGCUGCCGAGAAUCUGCGGGUUCGGGUCUGGUUCCGGAAGCGGCGCCGCUCUAACAAUAUGUUCAAGAGAAUGGCGGAGUUCGGUCCUGACUCGGGAGGAAGAGUGAAGGGUGUCACAAUAGUUAAACCAAUAGUCUUUGGAAAUGUUGCUCGUUAUUUUGGAAAGAAACGAGAGGAAGAUGGACAUACUCAUCAGUGGACAGUGUAUGUAAAACCUUACAGGAACGAAGACAUGUCUGCAUAUGUAAAGAAAAUUCAGUUCAAGUUGCAUGAAAGCUAUGGAAACCCACUAAGAGUUGUUACGAAGCCACCAUAUGAAAUCACAGAAACAGGAUGGGGUGAAUUUGAAAUUAUCAUAAAAAUUUUCUUCAUUGAUCCAAAUGAAAGGCCGGUGACUCUUUAUCACUUGCUGAAGCUGUUUCAGUCUGAUAGCAAUGUAAUGUUGGGCAAAAAGACAGUAGUCUCUGAAUUUUAUGAUGAAAUGAUUUUUCAAGAUCCAACUGCAAUGAUGCAACAGCUGUUGACAACAUCUCGACAAUUGACACUUGGAGCCUACAAACAUGAAACUGAGUUUGCUGAGCUUGAGGUUAAAACUAGGGAAAAGCUGGAAGCUGCCAAGAAGAAGACCAGCUUUGAAAUUGCAGAGUUUAAAGAAAGAUUGAAAGCAAGUCGUGAAGCAAUCAACUAUUUAAAGAGUGAAAUCAAAAAGAUAGAAGAUGAUGAUCAGGGAAAGGAAACUUAACUAAGUUGACUAGAAAUCUUUUGAGAAAAACUUGAAACAUUUGCUGACAGCAGUUUUGCUGUUCAUGAAGCAAAAGCUUGAUGACUGGACGUCACAUUAUUCAAUCAAAUUAUACUCUGGAAAAUCCAGAAGCAGUUGUUUUAAUUUGAAAUGAGCUUGAUUACAUCUAAAUUUGAGAGUCCCAUCUUGAACAAGCCUACUAGUGUUCCAAACUGUGUUGUCCCACUGUGAAGUGAAGGGAAAGGAUGUAGUUGUUUUGUACAUGAACUUUUUUGUAAGCAUAUUUAUGCUUUAUACUUUGUGUUUGUUAACUUUUAAAGCAUGUGUCUAAAUAAAUGACGUUUUUCUUUAA